AUGUUUGGAGGACGCCACACAACAUAUGAAUUUCGAUCACUUUUCGGGCGUCGGGAUUCCGGAACCACUCAUGCCGGCGAUGCUGGAAAGACCGAAGCCAUGCAUCUUCUCUUAUUCCUGGCCUGGGAUGCUGCAACUUCCGCUGCUCCGCCGCUGCGGCUUCGAAAUGCGACAGCCCAAGCGGACGUGCGCCACGAACAUCAGCAUGGAUUACUGUGUACUGUUCACCGGCGUCAAGCCUACCAGGCAAACAGCUCGCAAGAUCUGCUCCCAGACAUUGGCAACUGCAGUUGCCAGAACGCAGCCAUUGAAGCCGGGAAGGGGAAUGAUGCUUUCUGGAAUUGGCAGCAACUGUCAAACGUGGGUUUCCUGAAGCUCCAGAUUUCAAGGCACGUGCUCAUGUUUUGGUCCGGAAACUUGUUGACUGGUGUAACAGACAUCUUCUUCAGCAUGCCGCAUAAAGUCAUGGGUUUUUUCGGCCACCCUUCCUUGCUGGAGCUACUGCGGCGAAGAGCAUUUUACGAGGACACAGAAGCUGUCGUGUGCUCCAACCAGGAGGAUUGCAGGGCGAAGCGUGUGUUGACAAUUGUUGAAUGGCUGCUGGUGGCACGAAACUCACUGCUUCAACAUGGAAUCCUGUCGACUUGGGAGUUGGCAUCUGACGAGCAGAGCAUUGUCGUGAAUGAUUUUCGCCGUCACACUCUCGUUGUGGAGUCUAUCUUCGCUGACCUUACGAGAGAUUCGGAGGAUGCAACUUGGGGGCCCAGUGUGAAGCUGCUGCUGCAGUUGAUCAAAGAGGAACUGUCCGUGGACUUUGGCCAGACAUUCCGGGUGACGAGCCCAUGGUGUAACAGCAGCAUUCGAAGUAUCAGAGACGGGGAGCCCGCGCGACUUUUCGUAGAUCUUGAAGUCUCGUGGUUCUCCAAGCUUUGCUACUUGUCACUGGAGUCACCUGACCAGACUUUUGAAGCAAGCGAGGGGACUGGCGAAGACGCAGAGCCAGGCAAGCAACACUCUUGCGGAUUCGAUAUUUCGCCCAAACCACUCCAGAGUGGUGGUCUGCUGUUGCACGUGCUCGGUCAUGCAGUGGUCAGCCCAAUGCAUGGCAUCACGAGUACGAAGAGUGCCGAGGAGGUUGAGGUGCUGCUUUUCGCUCACGGUUUAGACAGCUGCAUCCCGGUUAUGACAGAGAGCAAGGCGCGCCAUGUGCUUUCCCAGCCCCACGUAGCACUCUUCCCUUGGCGCUGUUCCUUUGAUGGCUUCGCUGGCCAACCCGUAGAAGCUGUUCCAGUCUCAAUGAUGGGCUUCACUCUGACGGUGGUGUGUCCUGUACCUGCACAGCUUCAACCUUCGCUUUUGCGUCUCGUCGCAGAGCCACAGAAUAUCGAGCUUCCGGUCCCAAUCUCGCCCAACUGCCCAGAGAAGCCACGGCACCGGCUGGCCGUAUGCCUGCGUAUCCACUAUGAUCUCAUCGGGCUGGUGGCGGAGUCCGGCUAUCCGAAGUUUGUGAUCUACGAUGAGGAUGGCUCCUUUGGGCGCCUUGACAGCGGGAUGUCGAUGCAUCCACGCGUAACCUACUUCCUGAACUGGCCAGCCGAGACGUUCCCUGAGCUGGCAGCAGACCUCCAGGGCCAAAGAGACAACCCCUUGGCCGCGCAGGCAGACGCACAUUGCUUAAUGAUGCUGAAGGGGCAGGUGGACUGGGUUGCAAUGAUGCCUGGCUUUGAUACAUUUCUUUGGACUCCAGCGAGUUCGCAGCAUUCCGACGCAUUGAAGCCAGUGCUCUUAUCUUUAGAGCCUCACCGACGUAACCGUUUGCGGCCCUGCAGCUGA